AAGAGUGGGCAAGGAGGUGGGAUGAUAAGGCCAGGAAGAAUGAGGAAGCCAGUUCAAGUGGUCCUGACUUGGCUUGACGGCCCUGGGAAGCCACUGGCCACCUGGGAACAAGACACAGAAAUCAGCGGUGGUUUUCAGAAAGUGAUGAAAGUGGAAGAGAAGGCUGGGGUCAAAAAGCUGGAGCCCACAAGCUACAGGAGGAGACACCCAGAACAAGAUUUCCCUUCAAUACAUAUUGGCUUUCCAGUCCCCGGUUACUCUCAAAGAAAAAGUGACUCAAAGGGACAUCUUUCAGGUCUGCAAAGAGUCCAGUGGUCCCUGCAACCGGACAAAUCUCAGCAGGACCUGGCUGGUCCAGACGGGAUCAAGGCCAGCAGCCUGGGAGGCUCCGUGGAUUUUACCAAAAGGAUUCGGUCUCCAGCUGCUGAGCAGCUACAGGACAUCCUGGGGGAGGAAGAUGAGGCUCCCAACCCCACCCUCUUCACAGAGAUGGACACUCUACAGCAUGAUGGGGACCAGAUGGAGUGGAAGGAAUCAGCCAGGUGGAUAAAAUUUGAAGAAAAGGUAGAGGAAGGAGGAGAACGCUGGAGCAAGCCCCAUGUGUCCACGCUGUCCCUGCACAGCCUCUUUGAGCUCCGCACUUGCCUGCAGACAGGGACGGUGCUGCUGGAUCUGGACAGUGGCUCUCUACCACAGAUCAUAGAUGAUGUCAUUGAGAAGCAGAUAGAGGGUGGACUUCUGCGACCAGAGCUCCGGGAAAGGGUCAGCUACGUGCUCCUGAGGAAGCAUCGCCACCAAACCAAGAAGCCCAUCCACCGUUCCCUUGCAGACAUUGGGAAGUCGGUUUCUACUACGAAUCGCAGCUCUGCCCGGAGCCCCUCAGCAGGCCCAACUCUGCACCACUCCACCGAGGACCUGAGGAUUCGGCAAAGCACCAGCUAUGGUCAUCUGUGUCAUGCCCAGAGUAGAAGCAUGAAUGACAUCUCCCAUACCCCAAACACAGACCAGCGGAAAAACAAAUUCAUGAAGAAGAUCCCCAAGGACUCAGAAGCCUCCAACGUGCUUGUGGGCGAGGUGGACUUCCUGGACCAGCCAUUCAUUGCGUUUGUUCGUCUUGCCCAGUCUUCCAUGCUGGGAGGGGUGACCGAGGUGCCUGUCCCCACCAGAUUUCUGUUCAUACUUCUAGGACCUUCUGGAAGAGCAAAGUCCUACAAUGAGAUUGGCCGAGCCAUUGCAACCCUCAUGGUGGAUGAUCUCUUCAGCGAUGUGGCUUAUAAAGCACGGAAUCGAGAAGAUCUGAUCGCAGGAGUUGAUGAAUUUCUAGAUGAGGUCAUUGUCCUUCCCCCUGGAGAGUGGGAUCCAAACAUCAGAAUUGAGCCGCCCAAGAAAGUUCCCUCAGCCGACAAGAGGAAAUCUGUGUUCUCUCUGGCAGAGCUGGGCCAGAUGAAUGGCUCUGUGGGCAGAAGCGGAGCCUCGGCCGGAGGAGGCGGCAGUGGCGGAGGGGCUGGAGGCAGCGGGGCCGGCGGAGGAGGCAGUGGCAACGAGGCUGAGAUGCCAGCUAUGCAUGAAAUUGGGGAGGAGCUGAUCUGGACCGGAAGGUUUUUUGGAGGACUGCGUCUGGAUGUAAAGAGGAAGCUGCCCUGGUUCCCAAGUGACUUCUAUGAUGGCUUCCACAUCCAGUCCAUCUCUGCUGUCCUGUUCAUCUACCUCGGCUGUAUCACCAAUGCUAUCACCUUCGGUGGGCUUCUGGGGGAUGCCACAGACAAUUAUCAGGGAGUAAUGGAGAGCUUCCUGGGCACUGCCAUGGCUGGCAGCUUGUUCUGCCUCUUCUCGGGGCAGCCUCUCAUCAUCCUCAGCAGCACAGGACCCAUCCUCAUCUUUGAAAAGCUCCUCUUUGACUUCAGCAAGGCCAAUGGCCUGGACUACAUGGAGUUCCGCCUCUGGAUUGGUCUUCACUCAGCCAUCCAAUGCCUUAUCCUGGUGGCCACAGAUGCCAGCUUUAUCAUCAAGUAUAUCACCCGCUUCACCGAAGAGGGCUUCUCCACCCUCAUCAGUUUCAUCUUCAUCUACGACGCCAUCAAAAAGAUGAUUGGUGCCUUCAAAUACUAUCCCAUUAACACGGACUUCAAGCCCGACUCCAUCACCACCUACAAAUGCGAGUGCGUCGCUCCUGACACAGUGAAUACAACCACUGUCAACGACUCAGCCCUGCUGGUGCCAAACACCAACAUGUCUGUGUACACCCCCCUUAACCUCACAGCGCUGGACUGGUCUCUGCUGAGCAAGAAGGAAUGUCUGAGCUAUGGGGGGCGCCUGCUUGGGAGCUCCUGCCAGUUCGUCCCCGACUUGGCCCUCAUGUCCUUCAUCCUUUUCUUUGGGACUUACUCCAUGACCUUGACUCUGAAGAAAUUCAAAUUCAGCCGCUAUUUCCCCACCAAGGUCCGAACCCUGGUGGCUGACUUCUCCAUUGUUUUCUCCAUCCUGCUGUUCUGUGGAAUCGAUGCCUGUUUUGGCCUGCAAACCCCCAAGCUGCACGUGCCUAAUGUCAUCAAGCCCACAAGGCCUGACCGAGGCUGGUUCGUUGCCCCCUUUGGGAAGAAUCCUUGGUGGGUGUACCCUGCCAGCAUCCUGCCGGCCCUGCUGGUGACCAUCCUGAUCUUCAUGGACCAGCAGAUCACUGCUGUCAUUGUCAACAGGAAGGAGAACAAGCUGAGGAAGGCCGCCGGCUACCAUCUGGACCUGUUCUGGGUGGGCAUCCUCAUGGCCCUGUGCUCCUUCAUGGGGCUCCCCUGGUAUGUGGCUGCCACGGUCAUCUCCAUCGCUCACAUCGACAGCCUCAAGAUGGAGACGGAGACCAGUGCCCCAGGGGAACAGCCCCAGUUCCUGGGGGUCAGGGAGCAGAGAGUUACUGGAGUCAUGGUCUUCAUUCUGACAGGCAUCUCCGUCUUCCUGGCUCCUAUCCUGAAGUACAUCCCCAUGCCAGUGCUCUAUGGUGUCUUCCUCUACAUGGGUGUGGCCUCCCUGAAUGGCAUCCAGUUCUGGGACCGCUGUAAGCUUUUCCUCAUGCCAGCCAAGCACCAGCCGGACCAUGCCUUCCUGCGCCACGUGCCCCUUCGCCGGAUCCACCUGUUCACCCUGGUGCAGAUCCUCUGCCUGGCCCUGCUCUGGAUCCUUAAGUCAACCAUGGCUGCUAUCAUCUUCCCGGUCAUGAUCCUGGGCCUAAUCAUUGUUCGAAGGCUCCUGGACUUGAUUUUCUCCCAGCAUGACCUGGCCUGGAUUGACAAUAUCCUCCCAGAGAAGGAGAAAAAGGAAUCAGACAGGAAGAAGAGGAGGAAAGAGGUCCACGAGAACACGGACAAGGAGCCCCAGUUCCUUCCUCCCUCAGUUGUAAAGAUCCCAAUGGAAGGUAUCCCAUCUGAUCCCCAAAACGGUAUCCACUGUGUUGGCAGAGGCAGUGGAGCCCUGAUCAUAGAGAAGGGAGGAUCCUAUCAGAACUUGUUACUCUUCUCAAGGACAGGUCAGACUCGGGUGGCCAGCACAUCCUGCCAGCACCCUCAGGGGCCCUUGAGGACUCUGCAACAUAGCACAAGGAAAAAGAUCUUCCAGUUGGAGCCACUCUCUCUGACUCCUCCUUCAGUGCCUCAGAACCAGAUAGAAGCAUCACCCUGCAUUUCAAAAUCUCUUGUCCGGCCUCACCUGCUUUCAGCUACUCACGGAGUCCACUCUUCAUGGUGCCACAGGUGAGGAUAGAGAUGGACUCUGACCUCAACCUCACAGAUGACGAGGAGGACUAUGGGAGAGAGGUGGGCGGGGAGACCACCCUCUAGUCCUACGUGGCUCUUCCAGGCUGGGGGCAGGGCAAAGCUGGCCCUGGCUUCAUCUAGAGCGUGUGUCAGGCCUUUCACCUGCUUCCUGACCCACUGACCAGAUAGACAACUGGAGGCCUUUCAGGGAUGUCUGACAGAGACAUGAAGCUCCCUGCUUCUCUUUGCAGUUCUUAAAAUACCCAAAACACACGGCUUAAAAUGCCACCUGGCAUAGAUAGGAUCUUUCUUGUGAGAAGAACAAAAAUGUUUUCCAAAGUUACAAAUAAGAUAAAGGGCCAGUGGUGAGCGCACAUUUAAAAUGUGUACUGAUGUAGUCUCUUCUGCUCAAAUCAAACCCCGGUUUAGUGUCUUUCGAAGGUUUGAUGGACGUCUAAGUGAUGGCCUUGAAGGUCUAAAUGUGUUGAGCAGGUUUGCACGGCAGGACAUGGCUGGGUAGUUAUCUUUCCCUCCUUCUGCUUUAAGUCCAGUCCUCCAUUCAGUGGACCUGGCUGUUUAAGUGGGGCUGGGCCUUUCACACACUGAAAAGCCAGUUCUAAAUCAUUCCUAGGAGAACCUGUGUAUCACAGGUACACAGUGAGCACCCACAGUUUUCCUGGAACUCCUGUGUAGAUCAGGCUAGCCUCAGAAUUCAGAGAGCCACCCGUCUGGCUCAGAGUGGAUUGUUUUUAAGGCAAAAUAGUAUCCAUUAAUUGAACUCUUGAGUCACACUAGAUCAACCAAAUGACCCUUUAAAUGUCACUGGCUUCAUAACCUGGAAUUCCCCUACUUGUUGAUGUAUUUGAAUAGGUCCCUUCUUUCCCUGCACCUCAAUUUUGCAGUAACUAAAGCCCAGAUUUCCAAUCUCAAGAACACUGCAUGUGGGGUAGCUAAUGGUGGUCAGGCUAGUACUCUGUACAAGUGGUUGGAAGAAACACCAUUCCCAACUGGGUGAAACGGCCCAGUUCUUCACUGAUCCAAACCCUGUCCAACACAAACGUGUUUAUCUUCCUCCUCACCAAUCCCGGGAGAGCUAAAAGCAUCCGUCAGUCUCGCCGACCUGCAAUAGCAUUCUAUCCAGACUCAGCCGUAGCAUCGUCACAGACUCGGAGAGCAGUGUGCUUCAUUAACCAAACUGGCUGGGAAACCAGUUAGUUUUUAAGAGGUUGAUCACUUUAUCUAAUUUUUACCUUAAAUAUCAUUUAUAUUUUGUGUAUACACGAACAUUUUUACCUUUAAUAUGCUGGUGUAUUAACUCUCCAUUCACUUAGGAAUUCAUUUCCUCCAUCUCUAAUGUAAACUGCUCUUCAAUAAAAUUUAAAUCAUGUCUGCUUACCUUA